GUCAAGAGAGAUGUUUUACUGAAACACUUGGGCAAAGAAAGCAAAAGCUAUUCACGCAGACAUGUUUUAAUCAACCACCCUCAGAGACUGGUUGUAUGUUUACAGUGGACUCUGCUGAAAGUAUUGUGCAACAGAUGUGAUCUCAUCACAGACUUCUUUGAGAAUAAGGCUGUUGCAACUUUAAAACCAUGGCCAUCUGCUUGCUGAGUGUAAACUAACCAAGUCCCCUGAGUACAAAGAAAAGUAAUGUAUGAGUGAUGAGGGCUGCAGAGAAAUUACCUUCAGCAAGUAGUUGCUAUGGACCGCCAGGAGUCCAUCACAUCCUGGCUUGUUUUCCAAGAUCUAUUUAACAAAAACAUAGAAUAAAGUAGGUAAAGAUAAAGAGCAAGGCAGAAAUCAUUACAUUAUGAUUAUGUAAAUUAAGUCCCAAAUAAUUCAGCACAUUUAAUUUCAAUUUUUUUUAAAUUUUGAAUCCAUUUGAACAAAAAGACAAACAGCUAUGACGCGCUUGAAAAGGCCAGUGUUUAUGAUGGUCUUGAGGGGCCGUUCAUCUUUGGGAUGAAUCCAAAUUUCUCAUCAAUCCUUGGCAACAUAUAUUUUCCACAAUGAAAAACUAAAAAAGGAUUAAAAAAAUAAAUAAAUAAAAAAAAAAAAAAAAAAACAGCAUAAUUCAAAGUGAAGUUAGUUUGGGCUGAGCCCAAGAUCACUUCUUGUAUGUGGAAGGAAAGUUAAGAGGGGGGAGAAGUUCAAAGGGGACAAAAUGAGUCACUGGACUGGGACUAUUCAAGCAAAGAAAAAAGAAGAAGAAGAAGUAUUUUUAACUGUGAUGCAUGUUUUCUUAGGCUUUGAGAAGUCAGUUUUCAAAAGCACUUUAUUCAUAUUUUUCACUUAGAAAUGUCACCCACCAGUCUUUGUCUUAUUGUGUAACCACUUAUUGAGUGGAAGCUGCUUGCGUUGCCUCUUAAAGUCUAUCCUCACCAUGUCCAUCUUCUGAGCCAGCUUAUUCAUCUCUCCUGCACUCCAUGAAGUAUCUUUCCAUUUCCUGUGACCUAACAGCAAACACAGCUCAUUGUUAAUUCACAUCCACAAGUGGGAGUGUAAGGGAUAUCAGUAACAUCUAUACAUAUUAAUAAAAUCUAAUAUUGUUACAAAAUUGGUUUAUUAUGACAAUUAUUUCAGCUAAAGGAGGAAAGGGGAGUCCAAUAGUGCAGAGAUAACUGAUGACAAGUGAAAAAUAAAGUUUUAAACAAAAUAUUCCCACAAACCUGCUCAAGUUGCUAACAGUAAUGUGGAUAAAGUAUGUAAAUUUGUGAAGAAUUCACAUUCACAUUGGUUAGAAAAAUAUAUAUCUUAGACACAAACAUUUGCAAAAACACAGAAGAAGCUUCAAAUCCGGCCAACUGAGCAACUUCUGCACCUGCGAUUGAUUAGAUAGAUUGUCACCCAAGCAGAUGUGGUUUCAAUCAACAGACUGCUACUUGUACUGUUGCAGGUGGAUUCUCUGGGUGAACUUGUUGUCAUGGCUCUUCCAUUUGGGGUCUCUUGGAUUUGCGUGCUGUUAUGGGCCUGUAUUUAUUUUCCUCCUCAAAAUGGUUAUAAGAUUGCAGAUGGAUACUAUCUAUAUGAGGGCCAACAAACUCCUAACCAGGUUAAUCCUUGGGAGUCUUCAGAGGCAAACUGUGUGGAUGAGACAAUGGCUGUGGGACAACAAAGCUCUUUUUCACAGCAGCCUGAACCAGUAUCCUAUAGAAACAGGCAUCAAGUUACCCCUUUUAAGAGCUUCAGUGAAGAGAAAGUCCAACGUCAUCCAGACCCUGCAGAUAUGGAAGACAGGUUUAUCAUGGCACAUCCUGACAAGAGUAGACAUUUCUGGAGAAGACAGAAUGCCAAUCACCAGGUCCCAGGAUCUGCUGCAAACUUUAUGUCCCCCAGUGUCUAUGGCAACCAAAUUUUUACUCCUCGUCCUGCUCUCUACCUGGACAACAGUGCAGCAGCAAUAGGACCUGUUUCAAAUAAUGUUGUCCAUGCCACUCCUCCUGUGCAGAGUGUCUCUAAAAAUCAAUAUGUCCACUAUAGCUCCAAGGAACCCCAACAAACUUGGUCUCCAUUGAACCCUCCAAACAACCCAUCUCAGGAUUUCAGCUACUUUUCACGGAAGCCAUCACCUUCAGCCGAUGGACAAAACGGCUUCAAGCCAAAAUAUGUCUCUCACAAGAAACAUCCAUCAAGAGGUUAUCAAAAACCGUCAGGUGGCUUUGAACAUGGCAAAGGCCUCAGCAGUGUGACUCGGCCUGAUGUCCUUUACCCACAGAAGCCACAAUCAUCGCAUUCCUAUGUACCAAGAAGUGACAUCUACACUCCAAAUCCUGCUUCCAAGUACAAGGAAAAAACCUAUGAUGCCAAUGGUGGAAAGAAAUCCAAGGCUGUAUACUACACUCCCUCGACCCACCAACCUGCCUCUAGUGAUUCAGUUUCAACCCUAAAUAUCGCUUCACCCCAGAGCAAAGGCCAUAAUGGUUUUAUAACCAGUACUCCACAUGGACCUCAGCGUAGAGAUUACAGCUACACUGGCUAUCGGACCAUUGAUCCUUCCACCUUCCACCAGACAUCUUCUGUCUGGGCGACAGAAGAUGGAAAUAAACCAGACUUCAAAAAUCAAAAUCUAACUCCUGCACCCCGAGAGCCAAAGGAAAAGGCCAUUACCAAAUAUAGAGGCCGAGAUGUGACACGAAGAAAGCCAGUCUCUCAUAGACGAAGAAACCAGCCGAACUCUCUUUCUGCUCAAGACAGAUUCCUUUACCUAAAUGGUGGCUAUAACGAAGCAAUGAAAGCGGGCCUUAUUAAGACUUCCAACCAGCUACCUGACCCCCACAUGUUAUUAGCUAGUAUGAAUAAAGGUCCCGUAAACUUGGAUUCCUGGCCCUCUAAAAAGCUGCUUGAUUCCAGAGGAACUGAUGCAAAUUGUGUGGUGUGGCUGGACACAAACCAUCAUCCCCAGAAGUUCCACAAGUCAUCGCGGUCACCUGUAAAUACAUACGUCAAGUCAAAAAAUCGCUCUGCUAGGGGCACAGUUCAUAUGUCAAAGACUUGUUUCAAACCACAAAAUCGCUUUGCUCGAGGCAAAGCUGCUAAACGACAAUGGAAACUUGCUCUAAGGCGUAAACGGCAAAACUGAGACGAGAAUGUGUGAAGCACAAACUGUUAAGUUAAAGUGAGUGUGGGAUUCAGUUUGGUGACAUUUGUGCUACUCUAAUUAUUGUCUUGGCACAUUUUGUCUAAACCUGUGUGAUAGAUUGCUGCAAUAAAAUCCUGCUUAAAAAAUUGAGAAUUGAUAUGUUGGUGGUUUUGAGACU